CCGAAACAACUUGCUGUACGUCUUUGAAAAGCCGCGGUCUUCAAUAGUAGACUACUGCAAAAACGAAUGUACUUGUAUAUGACAGUAGAACAGUGAUGUCGACAUGGUUGGAUGUUUAAGGUCGAUUAAGACAUCGGGAGGUAAACCAGUUCAAUUAGAUUCGCAUUGUUUGGAAUAGCCUAAGAACCAAUAGGAAUCAUGAUUCCGCAGUCCAGCAGAGAAUUUCUCGUCAAGAUUUCUGGUUACUGGAAGCCGCUUUUCAAAGGACGGUUUCUUAUUGUAACCAAUACCGUUAGCUGUGGGAGUAUGCUUGCCGCCGGCGACAUCCUUCAGCAAACCAGAGAGAAACGGAGAGUCCCCGGCAAGGCACGUGACUGGGCUAGAACUGGUAGCAUGUUCGCAGUAGGAUGCUCCAUGGGUCCUUUCAUGCACUACUGGUACCAGUGGUUGGACAAGGUCUUCGUUGGCAACGCUCUACCUGCUGUGGUCAAGAAAGUCCUAACUGAUCAGCUGAUUGCAUCACCGACCAUGGGAGCAUGGUAUUUCAUUGGAAUGGGCAAGAUGGAGGGCCACAGUCUCUCUCAGGGUUUGGAGGAAUUCAAAGACAAGUUCUGGGAGUUCUACAAGGCGGACUGGUGCGUUUGGCCUGCGGCACAGAUGAUCAACUUCUACUUCUUGCCUCCUAAAUUCCGAGUCCUCUAUGUCAACAUCAUCACUCUGGGGUGGGACACCUAUCUCUCCUACCUCAAACACCGAGACAAGGUCGUUGAAGGAGAACCCAGAGACCGCACUGAACUCUGACCAAGCCCAAACAGGAGGAGUGAGGUUUAGAACCCGGCCGGUCACACGAGAAGCUCAAACAAUGUAUUGGGAACUUUGUGACAAAAUUAAUUACUUGAAUUCAGCAUCAGUAUCACUGACAUUGCCAAUACCCCCCAUCCUUCGUGCCUUAAAUGCGCUAACGACGAUAAUUCAAGUUUUUAAUGCUAAACAAUUGUUUAACAGUGAGCGUUGCCUUGCCACCUCGUACAACACAGGACCUAUACCAUUUCUCAGUUAAACUUUAUUGCGGUGCGCCGCCAUGAAGCCGAAAAAUGCUUGUCUUAUUUGUGUAGUGUCCGUCUGCACUGAGUGAAGAUAACACUCGGCACUGUGUAGUUGGUUAAUAUGGUAAUUAUAUUCAGUGUCUGGGGCCUCAUCAUUUCAGUCGCCGGGGUUUCUUCUGAUCAUCUACCAGCCUCAUGAAAUUCAACAUUCAAAUUGAUGUGUUUCCUGCUGAAGUUGACUUCUAUUAUAUUUUUUAUAUAUGUUUUUGGAAUGUUAUUCUUCUGUUGAUAGAGGAGUGGCAGAGGGAAACCUGUUUAAUUAAAGUAUUGGUAUGCCAUAAAUGACACAAUUUUGUUUUAAUACCAGCAAAGUAUUUGUCUCCUGUAUUAAUUCAUUUUUUUCUAUUUAAUAACUCAGAUAUUUUAUGAGCAAUAGCUUUCUCUUGCAUCAUAAAAUAUAAAUAUUGUAAUUUUAAAUUGAAUUGUGGGUAUAGUAUUAUUACUAUUUAAUAUAAUUUAUAAUGUAUUUAUACGUUUGUUAACAAUAAUAUGGUAUGCCAAUGCAGUGAAAGACUACAAUUCUGUAGCUGCAACUGCCUACAGAUGUUUGCUGUUGCAUUGUAAGAGUGUAACGACAUACAAUUGUCAAAUGUGUAUGUAUUUAUGAGAUCAGUAUAAAUAAUCAAUCUAUAAUAAAAUGUGCAAAGUACUGUGCUUUUGGAAAUUAUCCUGUCCACUUAAUUUCCUGCACAUUUGUUUGUAAUUAGGACUUGACUAAUUAGGACUUGAUGUAAAAAUAUGUUUUGCUAUCAAUCUUAACAACAUAUUU